AACCACCAUCCGAUCUUGUAUUCCGGGCGCGCGUUCGAGUCUGGAGAGCGGUCGGUCCCCGCGGCGCGGAACUUCCGUCCGAAAGGUGCAGGAACCACCGAAGCCGAAACGCUAUGAGGGUUUUCUUUUACCUCGCUUGACGAGACUGCAACGACGUUGUCUUGCCGUUCGUUAUCCCACAAUGUGCGUAUGCAGACCGCCCGUCCUGGCUCUGCGGAGGCAGGCCCGUCUUUCCCGGCACGCCCUGUCGAAAGGGACCAGCUACGCCGGACCCAGGCCGGGGAUUGGCUGACGGGGCAGCCGGCAAGGCAUCGGAGCUCGUUCGCGGAACACGCCCACGUAUGCCUGACUGCUGUGUUUAGCUGUGAUGCUUGGGACGCUCUGGUUGCUGGGGUAAGAGUAUCCCUGUUUCACGCAGUAGAUUUGUUUGCCGACUUUGCAGCUCAUGGGACGUCCAAAGUACUCACGCGGCCAGCCGUUUGUGAGGACGCUGCUGGAAGCGGCAUUGCUGCUGUGACCUGGGGAGGCACAAAUAGUCAGUCGACAUCUAGUGAUGGUCAAGAAUGCAUUGGUUCGUCUGUGUGCUACAAAGGACUUGUAAAUAGUGAUCAUCCUUGUGCCGGGCAACCCACGCUGCUCGCGGCACGGAUGACGCUCUCCAUCACCAGAGUAUGGGCCAUGAGGGCACCCGGCGUCUGGGAUUACACCACAUGCCACCGAGGAGGUAACGCCUUCCGACUAGUAUACUGUAUACGCGUGUGCUUUUCUUCAUCGCAAGUGAGGGGAAAUAGAGACACGGCAGAGGGGAGGAGAAUGGGCGCGUCCUUGGUCGAUCGAGGAAGGUCCGCAGUGCCACGUCGAGGAUUAUGGCUACUCGCCUUCAGGCAUUUGUAAAAGUCAGCUCUGCCCUUUGCUGUUGGCUGCGUUCAAAGGUAGUUCGGGAAAAGGAGAGCUGGAUGUGCCAUUGGCGGCCCUUGUACCGUCGACGAGGACAAUCAAUCAAUGGAGAGCCGUCGUUCUCGUACGAUCCAACCGGUUUACGACCUGUAAACGGAGAUUUUGUGCCUCUUCAUGACGGUACAGGUAUGCUCAGCCCACAUCACACACACACCUCAAAG